AUGAUCGUCAAUAAUGUUAACGUUUCGCGUGUUCCAGAAAACCUCGCGCCGUCCGAAUUGAAGAAGCUCAGAAACAAACAGAGGAAAGCGAAGCGUAAAGCGGAACAAGAGAGCGCGCUGGCGGCCCAAGUUCAGGUGAAGAGAGAGCAGCAUCACAAGGCGAGACAGCAACAAGAGCAGGGCGACCCCGAAGCGCCACAGCUCGACGAGCUGAUUCCCGAUAAACUGGCCAGGGCGGGGGAUCCCCUAGAGCAAGCGAUAAAGUUCCUGUUACCGCUGCGUACGCUCGCCGCGGAUAGAAUAGACACACAUUUAAUGGCCUUCGAAAUAUACAUUAGGAAAGAAAAGCCGUUGCUUAUGCUGCAAAGCCUGAAGCGAGCGUGGCGCCUGGACAGCGGCCACCAGCACCUGCACGACUGUCUGCUGCGCUUCAAGGGCUGGUUGGAGAACGCGCUGCCAACCCUAAAUGACCACGUGGCGGCCGUUCUGCUCGCCGAGACGGAGCCAAUGGUGCGCGGCCGCAGCGCGCUGGAGAUCGCGGAGGAGUUCAUGAGGGUGGCGGCGCACCGGUCGCAGGCGGCGGCGCUGUGGGGGGCGCGCGCCCUGCAGCGGCUCGUGCCGGAGCGGGCGCGAUCGGCGCUCGCGCACGCCACGGCGCUCACCUACCCGGACGUCAGCAUACAGGGCUGCGUCGAGGUGUUGGAGAGUCUGCGCGAGGGCGACUUCGGCGCGUGCGAGCCGGAGGUCGAGGAGUACGUGAGGGCGUGCCACGCCAGGUUCCCGUACGCGGUCGCCUUCAAGCCGCCCGGCGAGGCGGCCGUGUGCCACGAGCAGCCCGCCGAGGAGGGCCCCCAGCUCAGGGAGGCCGAGCCGAGCCAA